AGGGUGCAUAGAACAUCUACGAAUCAAAUCAGCAACCCUCGCAUUGUGCAGCAUUAUAUUUUUAUGUAUUUCUCUCUUUUUCUGUACUCUAUAAAUCGUCAUUUCAAAAUUAGGGCACGAAAUUUAGAAUAAAAAUCGACCUUAAAUAACACUACGUUCGAGUAACGCUGGACGAAAAAUACAUCAUGGCGACCUUUGAAGGCUGAUUCAUAGACAAUGAUUAUUAAAGACGUAAAAACUUCUACCAUACUAUUUUCCUGAUGAUACGUAUAAAUCGCGUAUAGUAUAACUGAUCUUUUCAAAUCUUUAUUUAACAUAGCUAUAAAAAGUAUCAAGACGAGGACUCCACUUAUUUCUUACACAGAGCAACUAUCGCUAGAGAAUAGAAUUCCUAAAACUACGGGAACUCAUGACCAAGCAGCCUUGAAUUCAAGCGUGUAUUACGGGGACAAAUCCAUAUUAAAAGCAUCUAAUUGGUGACGGUGGACGAGCUGAAUGGAUUCGUAUUUAGUCAACACAGCAAAUUCAGGGGGCAAUGGCAAGAUUAGAUUCCAGCAUGCAUCCAAAAUUAACUGAUGAAAUCGUGUUGCGUCUUCAGGCUAAAAAGAUCUUUACGGUUUUUAAUUUUAUGUCGGAACAUCCUGAUAAGUUAAUCAAGAUCACAGACUUUUCAUACAAAGAAGUACUAGAAUUCAAGAAAACAAUUGCAAAAUCCUUCAGUGGUCAGGUGCAAGAUGCGUUUGAAUUAAUGAAAAUAGAAUAUACCAAUAUUGUUCCCUCUGGUAUAACUAGCUUGGAUGACUUAUUAAAAGGAGGAUUGCAUCCUGGACAUUUAUAUGAAAUAUGUGGAGUUUCCUCUUCCGGAAAAACUCAAUUGUGCCAUACAGUUGCAGCAAAUAUUACAUCAAGUACCAAAUCCUACGUACAUUAUAUUGACACCAAACGAGAUUUUUCAGCGCUGAGAAUUCAAAGGAUUUUGGAAGCAAAAAAAUAUUCGGAUGCGGAAAUUGGUGAGGCAAUGGAUCGGAUAAAAGUAACGCGGGUAAAAAACGUAUGCGAAUUAUUCAACAUUUUAUAUCAUUUAAAUUCGUCAUUAAAAACGUCCAAUGAUAGCUAUCCCACGAAACUUGUUAUCAUUGACUCAGUGGCGGCGAUAUUUCUUCAAUUGCCGACAGUGCAAGAGAUGGCCUCCGCCUUAAAUAAUCUAUCAAAUAUAUCAAGAUGUCUUGCGAACAGCUUUCACAUACCGCUUAUCACUGUGAAUUUGAUAAGCCGAUGGCGGGAAGUCGACGGAUUUGCAGCAAGUAAUGAAAAUCCCAUAGUAAUAAAACCAAGUCUUGGAAAAUAUUGGCUGCAUGUUCCCAAUACUCGAUUAAUGAUACAGAAGGAAGAAAAGGAAUUUAGAAAAAUCAGUGUGUGGAAGAGCUUUCAAUUGAAACUUAAUUCGUUCUGUAUUGUGAAUAUUACCACGGCUGGUGUUAUCUGAUAAUAAGUACUAAUAUGGAAUACAGUGUAUAAAUAUUAUUUCAGAAGCUUCCAUUGAUCUUAAAAAAAUAAUGAUCGGACUACGUGAUUAUAUAUUUUUGUACAGUUCUCCGAUUUUUUCUAUUACUUCCUAUAAUAUGGAAAUAAGUGAAAACAAUUUGAUAUUUUUAUUGUGUGUUGUUAUUAUAAUAAGUUUAUUUCGAAUGCAAAUAAAAAUUAUAGAACGGUAUUAUUUUUAUGAAAACACCCGUUGUAUACAGAACGCGGUUCGAUGCUCUUAGUUUGUUUAAUAUCCACGUGAACAUCCGGCGCUGCAUUAUGACGCAUUGCGACGUUGUCAUAUCGGCCUGACCCGGAU